UAAUAUAAUUACAACUCCAGUGCAAUAAUACACUCCACUUUUCGUUGUGUAAUCAGAGACAAUAAAACAACACAAUAGUGCUCAUGUCCAAUAGUCUUUCCACCUACCAUUAAUUUCCAAAGGGCAGAAGCAUUUAUUUCCCCUUCCAAUUCAUUCACGAGUCAACAAAGCACCAGCCAAAUAAUAGUGCAGUCUAUAAAAUGAUUAAUAUUAAAUUACAGAACAUGUCUUUAAAUUAAAGGCUAGCAAUAGUAAUAAUGGCUGGAAUACUUCCCGGAGUUGAAUGUGCUAGAAGGAGAAGACUCCAUCAAAGUAAAGGAUUCUUGGAUUUACCAUCUUCUUCCACGGCUUCUUCACAUAACUCUACAAGGCGCACUUCUUUUGGUUUGUAUGCAGCAAACCAUGAGCCCCUUCAUUCCUCUUCAUCUUCUUCUUUGCUGCAUAGAAGCGUGAUCUACCAGGCGCAACCAGAUUUGAGUAUGGUUGGAGAAGUCAGAGAAGCCAGACAAAGAUUGGAUGACAAAUUCAGAUCACACAGGAAAUUGGAAAACAAAAGCAUAAAAUGUUCGGAAAAUAGACAAGCAAGCAUAGCAGAGUUGCACACAGAGGUAUAUGGUUCAAAGAAAAGUGGUUCUAGAAGGUUCCAUUGGUCCAAAUUGAGGUGGAAAGCCUCAGAACAAGAGGAUUGUGCUGUGUGCUUGGAGUUAUUCAAGGUUGGAGAGACUCUGAUGCAUCUCCCUUGUGCCCAUAAGUUCCAUUCCAAAUGCUUGAACCCAUGGUUUGAAAAUAAUUCACAUUGUCCAUGUUGCAGAACUGCCAUUAUUUAAUUUCCCAUUAGAUUAUUACUCUUUUCGACUGCAAAAAAACUGUAUUCAAAAUAUAUUGAAAUUUUUGUAGAUUACUUUGUUAAUAGAAACAAUUAUUCAAUAUUGGAAAGGGUAUAAUUUUCGUUGUGUGGUUGUACAUUAAGUUGGGUAGCAGGUAGGAAGGAGGUGAAGAAUUUGAUAUUGAGCAUGUGGUAGCAUUUUAGGUUACUAGUCAGUCCGGAACUGUGAGGCCAAGGUGAAUGUAUGAGAUUUUAGUUGACGUUA